UAAAUUGGGGAAAAUAUUUGGACUAAAAUAUUAGGGUAAUUUCCCAUUUCAUCUUCGUUCCCGCGUAGACGUUAUCCCGUUGCUUCCAUUAAUGGCUGAAAAAGCUUUCAAACUUUUCGGCUUCAAAUUUUCUUCUCCGCAAGUUCGAUCAACUCCAUGUUUGCUUUCCAGUUAUACACCUUGAUUCCAACUCCAAGAAGCAUAUAAUUUCCACUCUCUUUUUCUCUCCGCGCGAAGGAAUCAGCCAUGGAAGUUGCGAUAAUUCCUUCUGCUCAUCUAACCACACUCGACAGAGCCAUAGCCAGCAAGCCCUGCUGCGUCCGAUUGCGAAGAAGGUGAUAGGGCUGGAUUUGGUGGUGUGGUGGGACAGGAACGAGAAUGCGUGGAAGGUGUUUGAUGAUAGUUGUCCUCAUAGAUUGGCGCCAUUGUCCGAAGGGAGGAUCGACCAGUGGGGGAGGCUGCAGUGCGUGUACCAUGGAUGGUGCUUUAAUGGCUCCGGUGACUGCAAAUUCAUCCCUCAGGCGCCUCCCGAUGGCCCUCCGGUCCACUCAUCCAAGAAGGCGUGCGUCGCUGUAUAUCCAAGCACAGUUCAGAAUGGCAUAGUGUGGUUCUGGCCAAACUCGGAUCCCAAGUUCAAAGAUAUAAUUUCGGAGAAGAAACCUUCCUUUAUUCCAGAGCUGGACGACCCAUCUUAUGUUAAGUUAGAGGGUAAUAGAGAUAUGGCCUACGGGUAUGAGAUACUGAUUGAAAAUCUUUUGGACCCUGCCCACGUUCCAUAUGCUCACUACAGGAUAAUUCAAGCCCCAGCAAUAUCCAAAAACAGCGUGAAAGCUGACAGAGAAGGUGGCAGACCACUCGAAAUGAGCGUAAAAACGCUGAACGCAAAUGGUUUUGUUGGCCAACACGACAUGCUCAGUCACAAGUUUAUUGCACCUUGUGUCUAUUAUUUCUUCCCCGAUCCAGAGUUGAUUCAAAAAAGUAUACAGAGGAAGAGUGAUGAAUCUGCAUCAUCAUCAACUGCAAAUGUAAAGAAACCGCCAACCGAAAUAUCGCAACGGAGAUCGUUUCUCGUUUUCUUCUGCAUCCCAGUUAGUCCAGGUAAAAGCAGAUUGAUAUGGGCCUUCCCUAGGAACUUUGGGAAAUGGAUAAACUAUAUUGUUCCACGAUGGAUGUUUCAUAUAGGACAGAACUUGGUUCUAGAUUCAGACAUGUAUUUUCUUCGUGUUGAGGAGCAUAAAUUAACGGAAAUAGGUUCUUCGAAUUGGCACAAAGCUUGUUAUGUUCCAGUAAAGUCAGAUGCUUUGGUGGUUGGAUUUAGAAGGUGGUUGAGCAAGUAUGCAGGUGGUCAAGUUGACUGGGGAGGCAAAUAUUCUGGCUCCCUUCCUCCAUUGCCUCCAAGAGAACAGGUGUUCGAAAGGUACUGGAGCCACGUGGUGAACUGUAGCAGCUGCAAUGCUGCAUAUAAAGCUCUGAACAUAGCUGAGGUGGCUCUUCAGGUCAUAUCCAUGGCUGCCAUUGGAGCUGUGGCAGUGACAAAGCAGGGAGUGAUUUCAGCAGCUGGUAAGGCCACCAUUAUCACCAUUGCAAUACUCUGUUUUGCUGCUUCAAGGUGGUUGUCCCAUUUCAUUUACAAAACUUUCCACUUCCAAGACUAUAAUCAUGCUCUGAUUUGACUCUUUUGGUGUCUCUCUUGAUGGGGUUAUAACUCAAUUAUAAUUUGUAGUUGCUCAAAAGCUUGUACAUAUCAUAAUUGAAUUUGAGAAGAACCCAAAGUUUGGGUUCUUUCUUGUAAAAAUAUUAUAAGUUAGUGCUCUUAGACAGGUGUCUAGAGAUUCUAAGCUAGUUUUAUAACUUAGACUUUGGGCGAAAAUUGUUUCCGAUGAUUGUGUUAGGUGGUCACUUGCGAAAGCAUUGAAAUGUUACAAGCAUUAAAAUAUACCCUCAAGUAUGAGGUUAUGAAUUC